ACACCUGUAUGAUAGAAGGAAUUUUGUGUGCGCCGCGUCUUUACGGUAAUCGUUGAUCCCGCCCUCUCUUUUGAUAGAAAACUCGGUGAUGUUGCUUCGUCUUUAACGAGCUUGACCCAGAACCCAGAGGAGGGGGGGAAAAAAGAGGGCAAAAAAACUGUUUAAAAAAAAAAUCAUCUGGAAGGGGCAGGCUUUCCAAGAGCAGUCCGUUUCUCCCUGCUUCUGGGCUCGGUGGUUUGGUGACUUUCCACACAUGAACAACUAGAGCACCACCUCUGACCUUGGUGUGAUCUCUCACCUCUUCUACCAAACCACGCCCGCAGGUUAAGUGUGUAUGGAGCAGUGUGAGAGCGCAGCGGCUCUGCUGGAGUCGGUCAGGGAGCAGGAGGUGCAGUUUGAACAGCUGACCAGGGCGCUGGAGGAGGAGAGGAGGAGAGUGGGCCUCCCUGCUACUAGCCCCUCAACCUUGGGUCGUCCCCUCCCUCACACACAGAACGGGCGCUUAGGGGAUGCAGACAUUGAACGACUGAAGCUGACAGACGCUUAUAUAAACGGCACACAGUACAGGAUGGUGGACCCUGCACAUGGCGCUCUUGACGAGAGCUACACGCCAGAGGAUGAUUCUCAGGAAGUGCACUCAGUAUUUUCCGAGGAGGGAACCACACGGCGGAUGGACAAUGGGAUGAAGAAACCAAUAUCACGCACAGUCCUGCCUACUGAGUCAUUGUCCAUUGAUGGAGGCUUGUCAGUGCCUGGUAUGGGCAUGUACAGUGCGACAUUGGACCGUCCUUACAGGCAGCCUGGCGGAGUAGACUACCCCACUGCUACAGUACCCAGAAACUACCACUAUGGCCCUGUGGGUGGUUACAAUGACUACCGCGGAGGUCCGCCAUCAGAGGCCUAUACUAGUCUGAGCAGGGGCUCCCACAUGGAUGAUCGUUACAGGCCAGUUGAUGGCUACAGGACUCUGGACUCUGGCUACCGGGCUCCGAGCCACCAGCAGCUCGACCCAUAUGCAGCACAGCCCCAGGUGAGUCGGGGAAUGAGGGCUUUGGGCUCAGCAAUGGAGAUGCGGUAUGGACAUGGUCACUAUGGUCUGGAGGAUGAUCAGCGCAGCAUGGUAUAUGAUGACUAUGGUAUGGGGCCUCCACCCAUGCACCCUGGAGGCUAUGGUACCAUGCCACGCCUGGGGCCGGGCCCUGCGGGUAUGGAUAGACGAAGACUCAGGAGCUGCGAGGACACUUUGGACAGUGACAUGGGUGGAGUUGAGCCAUAUGCUUGGGCCGUCCCUAUGACAAUGGAGAGAGGGAGCAUGGCUUCACUGGACAGCACGUUGAGAAAGCCUCCCACUUCGUGGAGACAGCCAGAGCUUCCAGAGGUUAUUGCCAUGUUGAACUACCGCCUGGACCCUGUAAAGACCAACGCUGCUGCCUUCCUCCAGCACCUCACAUUCAAAAAUGACAAGGUUAAAUCAGAGGUGCGUCGCCUAAAGGGCAUCCCAGCCUUGGUGUCACUGCUGGACCAUCCUAGCAAGGAUGUGCACCACUCAUCUUGCGGAGCGCUAAAGAAUAUUUCCUAUGGUCGAGAUUCAGAGAACAAGAUUGCCAUCAAGAACUGCGAUGGAGUGCCUGCUCUGGUUAGAUUACUGAGGAAAACCCACGACCAGGAUCUCACUGACACUAUCACAGGCACAUUGUGGAACCUUUCAUCCCACGAUUCAGUUAAGAUGGAGAUUGUGGACCACGCCCUGCAUGCCCUGGUUGACGAGGUGAUCGUUCCACACUCAGGCUGGGAGCGAGGGAGCAGUGGAGGAGGAGGAGAAGAAAGCUGCAAACCACGCCAUAUGGAGUGGCAGACCGCCUUGACCAACACUGCUGGCUGCCUUAGGAAUGUGAGUUCAGAACGCAGCGAGGCCAGACGAAAGCUGAGGGAAUGCUCGGGGCUGGUGGAUUCACUUAUGUACAUGGUCCAGUCGCAGAUCAACUGCAAAGAUGUGGACAAUAAGCUGGUGGAGAACUGCGUCUGCCUCUUGAGGAAUCUGUCCUACCAGGUUCACCGUGAAGUCCCCGGCUGUGAACGCUAUGCAGAGACCAUACCUGUCAACCAGGGCGGGGCCCCAGCUAGCAAAGGCGGCUGCUUUGGCUCUAGAAAAGGCAAAGGAAAGAAGGAUGGAGAUGAUGGAAGUGGAGAUCUGGUUGAUAUUCCAAAGAGAACAACACCUGCCAGAGGUUAUGAACUGUUGUUCCAGCCAGAAGUGGUUCGCGUUUAUACGUCACUGCUCAAAGAGAGCAAGAACCCCUCAGUACUCGAGGCUGCUGCCGGUGCCAUCCAGAACCUGUGUGCUGGCCGAUGGACUUAUGGUCAGUAUAUCAGGGCCAAGGUGCGUCACGAGCAGGGUCUUCCCAUGAUGGCAGAACUGCUGGCUCAUGGCAAUGACCGUGUGGUUCGGGCAAUGUCUGGAGCUUUGAGAAAUCUUGCCAUUGACAACCGUAACUGUGAACUGCUAGGUUUGCAUGCAGUGCCUAACCUUGUGGCCAACCUGCCUGGAGGCCAGAGUCAGUCUGGACGUACUCUAUCGGAGGAGACGGUGGUGUCUGUACUGAGCACGCUCGCUGAGGUGCUUGGCAACAGACUGGAGCCGGCAAAGACCCUUCGAGGUUCACAAGGCAUCGAGAGGCUUGUGCUUAUCAACAAAGAUGGCAAGCGCUCUGAUCGUGAGGUGCGGGGGGCCGGCCAGGUACUGCAGCUCGUUUGGGCUCACAAGGAACUGCGUCGACCUCUUGAGAAAGAUGGCUGGAAGAAGACAGACUUCAUGGUCAACCUUAACCCCGGCGGCACCACCACUACUAACGGCCCAAGCACCCGAGCUAACGGCACCUAUGAAGACAGCACCACACCCCUACUGGACAGAGGGGAAAGGAGGGACAUGAUUCCCCUGAAUGACAUUGGCCCUGAGGCCUACUCUACACUGGACCAGAAAGAGAGGAGAAACACUCUGGAUGAGAUCACAGACACUUUACCGCGAGGGGUGUAUGGGGGCAGAAAGGGCUCCCUGCCUCUUUUGGACUCCUACGAUGGUUAGCCCUCCCCCCUCCCCUCUACCCCCUCUGCAUGUAACAGCAUGAAAAACUGAUAGUUUGCAUCACCCAGACUGGGCCGUCCCUGCCCUACCACUGCUACUGAGGAGAGAAGAUCCAGACUCUCUCCCUCUGCUCUCACACCUUUCUCUCCCUCUUUCUCUAUCAGUACACAGAUGGGAUCAAAAGAUGGCGGGGGGGUUGGCAUCCAAAGAAAGUGGCUGUGUUGCAGGCAAAGUGUUUCAUGCAACACACACACACACACACACACACACACACACACAAAAAGACACACAUACUUUUUACGAAUUAAUUCAGUUGUAGCAGCAGAAAUGUAUUCCGUUUUUACAAAUUAUAGUUCUUCUGUAAAGGCAAUCACCUCUGUUGACAAUCAUUUGAUUCUGGUGUUGUCCUGCUCACUUUUCUUUUUUUUUUUUUUCUUUUUUUUUUUUUUUUUUCUGUUUGCUACUUGGCAAAUUUUGUCAUGUUACAGCCACCUGACAUUGGUCCUCAAAUAAUGAGUUUAUAUUUAGACAUCUAAGUAGGGUGUAUACUGUAUAUAAAAAGAAAAAGGGGGAUGACUGCAUUAGUUUUGGCUCAUUAAUUUAAAUCUUCCCUGUACUGGGAUUGUUGGGAGGUUGGGACACACCGACAGCCCGCCCUGUAGAUUGAGAAUGUUGUUUAUAUAGGAGUUAUUUUCCUGUCUAGAGUUAUUUUCUCUCAGUUGGGAUGACAAGAAAGGGCAGGUGUGUGUGUAUAUUUAUUAUACAGUAAACCUGUGGGGGGGUGUGUGUGUGUGUGUGGAAAAUGAAUAUGGACCUUUUGAAUGAGUGUGUGUUGAUCCAAAUGACACCACAUGUUGAUUAUUCCAUCAGUCAUAUUUUUUUUUUUUUUUUUUUUUUUUUUUUUUUUAAACUUAGUUUUAAUGUUCCUCUUUUUGUGUUUUGAUGAUUUUUUUUGUUUUGUUUUUUGUUUUGUUUUUUUUGUCCACCCCAAAUGGAACAUUUAUGAGAAUUUCAGCUGCUUUGGAUUUGCAUUUAGCCAACUUAAACCAGUGCAACACAUCAGACCUGGUACUGAGGUGAGAAGCUGUGAACAAACACUAAUAAACCACUUAAAUAUUUAGACAUACAGCUUCAGAAGGCUUUUAGUCAUUCCUGUCUCUUGGGAUCUGCAGACCCACCUAUUCAUUGUGGGUUUUUUUAUUUUAUUUUAUUUUUUUCAGACCAGCUGGAGUGGAAGGAAUUUUAAAUAUAAAAUCCUGUAGCUGUUUCAUACAUGUUUGUCUGGAUUAAUUUUGUGCUGCACAAAAAAAGCAUCUGGGAGGCUUUUUUACUCAGAGGAGACUCGAGUUUUAACAGUUUGGGAGAGAUUGGCGUAAUUUAAAUUGGGAGGCUCGCAGAAGGCACAUUUUGACCUUUUGUUUUUUAUAUUUCUUUCUUCUCUGUGUCUGUUUUUAUUUCCGAGGUUUAUAUGUAUGGGAGUGGUGGGUGAGAGCAUUAUGCAAUUUGUUCUACUUUGUAAUCCCACUUUUACAGCUGAGUUGUUUUUAAAGGCAAAAGAGACCAGUCAUCUUUUUGUUUUUGUUUUUUUUUUACUCUUCACACACAUAGUAUAUUUGUACUGUUGCCUAUCCAUGUAAAAUUAUGAUGUACCAUUCAUACCUGCCUUGGCUCUGAGAAGUUGCUUUUUUUUUUUUUUUUUUUU